GUGUUAUGUGCCACUUGUGCAGGGGGUGGGAGACUAGGGGCGCACCUUGCUCAGGGGCCCCACCGGGGAAUUCACCUAUACCCCUGUGGGCCAGUCCGAGUCUGACUAUGAUCAGUGACUGCAGCUUAGCUGCAUUGUGUAUAAGAGGUCCUGUACAUUUAACAUAUGUAUGUAGUGCAGUGAGUCUACUGUGUUAUGUGCCACUUGUGCAGGGGGUGGGAGACUAGGGGUCCACAUUGCUCAGGGGCCCCACCGGGGGAUUCACCUGUACCCCUGUGGGCCAGUCCGAGUCUGACUAUGAUCAGUGACUGCAGCUUAGCUGCAUUGUGUAUAAGAGGCCCUGUACAUUCAAUAUAUGUAUGUAGUGCAGUAAGUCUACUGUGUUAUGUGCCACUUGUGCAGGGGGUGGGAGACUAGGGGCGCACCUUACUCAGGGCCCCACCGGGGGAUUCACCUGUACCCCUGUGGGCCAGUCUGAGUCUGACUAUGAUCAGUGACGGCAGCUUAGCUGCAUUGUGUAUAAGAGGCCCUGUACAUUCAAUAUAUGUAUGUAGUGCGGUAAGUCUACUGUGUUAUGUGCCACUUGUGCAGGGGGUGGGAGACUAGGGGCGCACCUUGCUCAGGGGCCCACCAGGGGAUUCACCUAUAGCCCUGUGGGCCAGUCCGAGUCUGACUAUGAUCAGUGACUGCAGCUUAGCUGCAUUGUGUAUAAGAGGUCCUGUACAUUCAAUAUAUGUAUGUAGUGCAGUAAGUCUACUGGUUGUGCAGGGGGUGGGUUACUAGGGGCCCACAUUGCUCAGGGGCCCCACCGGGGGAUUCCCCUGUACCCAUGUGAGCCAGUCUGAGUCUGACUAUGAUCAGUGACUGCAGCUUAGCUGCAUUGUGUAUAAGAGGCACUGUACAUUCAAUAUAUAUAUGUAGUGCAGUAAGUCUACUGUGUUAUGUGCCACUUGUGCAGGGGGUGGGAGACUAGGGGCGCACCUUGCUCAGGGCCCCACCGGGGGAUUCACCUGUACCCCUGUGGGCCAGUCUGAGUCUGACUAUGAUCAGUGACUGCAGCUUAGCUGCACUGUGUAUAAGAGGCACUGUACAUUCAAUAUAUAUAUGUAGUGCAGUAAGUCUACUGUGUUAUGUGCCACUUGUGCAGGGGGUGGGAGACUAGGGGCGCACCUUGCUCAGGGCCCCACCGGGGGAUUCACCUGUACCCCUGUGGGCCAGUCUGAGUCUGACUAUGAUCAGUGACUGCAGCUUAGCUGCAUUGUGUAUAAGAGGCCCUGUACAUUCAAUAUAUGUAUGUAGUGCAGUAAGUCUACUGUGUUAUGUGCCACUUGUGCAGGGGGUGGGAGACUAGGGGCGCACCUUGCUCAGGGGCCCCACCGGGGGAUUCACCUGUACCCCUGUGGGCCAGUCCGAGUCUGACUAUGAUCAGUGACUGCAGCUUAGCUGCAUUGUGUAUAAGAGGUCCUGUACAUUGAAUAUAUGUAUGUAGUGCAGUAAGUCUACUGUGUUAUGUGCCACUUGUGCAGGGGGUGGGAGACUAGGGGCCCACAUUGCUCAGGGGCCCCACCAGGGGAUUCACCUAUAGCCCUGUGGGCCAGUCCGAGUCUGACUAUGAUCAGUGACUGCAGCUUAGCUGCAUUGUGUAUAGGAGGUCCUGUACAUUGAAUAUAUGUAUGUAGUGCAGUAAGUCUACUGGUUGUGCAGGGGGUGGGUUACUAGGGGCCCACAUUGCUCAGGGGCCCACCGGGGAAAUCACCUGUACCCCUGUAAGCCAGUCCGAGUCUGACUAUGAUCAGUGACUGCAGCUUAGCUGCAUUGUGUAUAGGAGGUCCUGUACAUUCAAUAUAUGUAUGUAGUGCAGUAAGUCUACUGUGUUAUGUGCCACUUGUGCAGGGGGUGGGAGACUAGGGGCGCACCUUGCUCAGGGGCCCACCGGGGAGCCAUCAUCUGUACCCUCGUGGGUUCACCCUUUAACAAGUAAUUCUUCUAUAGUGUUCACAACAUCGGCAUGUUGAAGACCAAGGAAAGUGGCAAAGAUGGAGAAUUAAGAUCAAGCUCUGGAACUGUCACUCUGAAGUGCAAGGACUUGCGGGUUAUUGACUUGGAAAUACCUGAUAUGGAAGAAACAUUUAAUGUUGCCCGCUCUAUCCAGGCUCUCUCCACGCUGGAUACCAUCUCUCUCAGCUACCCAUUCUUCUUCAGGCCAACAAGGUGCAAGUUAGGAGAAGGAUGGCCCAGAGAUACCAUGGAAACGUUUUAUCACAAGCUCAAAGCCCAGGCAGAUGCUUGGAGACUAAGCCAUGUGAAUAAAAACUUUAAGGUUUGCCCCAGUUAUCCAGAGAAGGUUAUUGUCCCUGUAUCCUGCUCGGAUUACUCUCUGAAGCGCUCUGCAGCUUUCAGGCAAGGCCGUAGAUUCCCUGUACUGAGUUACUACCAUCCAAGAAGCAGAACGGUUUUGCUGCGAUCUGCUCAGCCUCUGGUUGGUCCUAACCAGCAUUGUUCUGGAGAUGAUGAGAUGUUGCUCGAUGCUGCACUAAUGGGAAACUUGCGCGGAUUUAUUAUCGAUAUUCGCACUGAGCAGGAAGCUAAGCAAGCAAGAAGUUCAGGGGGUGGCACAGAAAACAAGGACAGAUAUCCCAAAUGGAGUGUGCUCCAUCGCCCAUUAGUAAGGGGACAAGCCUUACAGAGCAGCCUGAUGCGCUUGGUUGGGACCUGCUACGACACCUACCUGGGAAGGAAUCAUUGGCUCAGCAAGCUGCAAGCUUCACAAUGGCUGUCGCAUAUCAAGGAAGCUCUAAGUACGGCAGGCCUGGCUGCUGAAUGCAUUGAGAGGGAAGGUACUUGUGUACUUAUACAUGGGGAAGAAGGGGCAAACAAUACGUUGUUGGUGACAUCCCUGGCACAACUUAUUUUGUCUCCUGAUUGCCGUACAAUGGUUGGCUUCCAAGACCUAAUUGAGCGUGAAUGGCUACAGGCUGGUCAUCCAUUUCAGCUACGUUGUGCUCGAUCCGGGUGGGCACAGGGCCGUCUUCAACAAGAAUCCCCUAACUUUCUCCUAUUCUUGGACUGUUGCUGGCAGCUCACACAUCAGUUUCCCAUGGCAAUGGAAUUUAACGAGAAAUUUUUAUGUACACUUGCAACCCAUGCCUACAGCUCAGAGUAUGGGACCUUCUUAUGCAACCAUGAAAAGGAAAGGAAUAUCUACAAAGUUCGAGAAAAGACUCAUUCACUUUGGGGUAGUCUCAACAGCUUCAGACAGAGAAAAAGUCUUACAAAUCCAGUUUAUGAAAGAAACCCAUUAGCCAUUUGGCCAUCAGUGGCACCACAAAGUAUACAACUAUGGGAGGGGUUUUUUCUCAGACACUUAAUGCCCAAAGAACAUAAAGAGAUGUCCUGGCAGCGAACAUGGGAGCUUGUUGGUGAAGAGCCCUACUAAAUUGCUUUAGAAUAGUCAAAAGCUUGUCAACAAAUGGCAUGAAAAAGAUGAAAACUGAUAUUUUUUGAACUUCAGACAUCGACUUUCCAAUGUAAAAUUCAAAUGGACAAAAAAUAAUAAUUCAUGCAGACUGUUCAGAUUUUACUUUAAUUUUUCAUUUCAAAGAGAAGCCUCCAUAAAACUAUGACUAUGAAGUGUUUCUGCUAAGAGUGGACAUGUAUAUAAAGCUGGUGGCACUAGAACAAGUUAUUUAACA